CCGGGCGCGCGGCCACCGAGAACGCCGCCGCCCGAGGGGGCGGGGCGGGGCCGCGCGCCGCGACCGUUGGGGCGCCACGGUUGCCGUGGCAACACUGGCCAGGUCGGGCCGGGCAGUCGUCCAGCCUAGUCCCGCCGCCGCCCGCGCGGGCCCACCGGCCCAGGUGCCGCUACCGGUGGUCGUCGAGCUGCAGGUCGACGCGGUGUCUGAAAGUGCUGUAGAUCCUGCUGCAGUAGCUGAAAUGCUUGAAAGUCAUGUAAUGAAGUUUGAAUUAACUCAGCUCGUGUCUUCAGUCGGGGAUGACCUUGCAGUUUAUGAAGAAAUUGCACAAAACUGUCUAUUCCCAAAGUGCAAACUGACUCCUACAUAUCCUGGUGUGGAUAGAGAAUUACUGAUGAAAACUUCUCCUCAUUUCCCAGGAAUAGUACCAAAAAUAGAGUUCUCCACAAGAACAACCAUUACGGAGAUUCCACUUCAGUACAGAAGGAAGAAUUAUAUGAUAAGGAACCAUCUGAAGAGGGUACUUCUGAACAUGAUUCAUCACCUCUUGGAACAGAUGGACCUGUGAGUUACUUGCAUUAUCCUCCCAGUCAGAGGGAUUCAGCUUUUCACCAUGCAGUUUCCUCUGCUACCUCAAGUCACCAAGUCCUGUUGGGAGUCCCUCUGCUUUUCAAAACAGGUUACUAAUUUUUA